UAUAUACCAAAUUUGUGUAUUCUUCAGAUCCUUGGUAAAAAAAUUUAAGUACAUUUAUCUAUGGUUUAUUAACAUGGACAAUUCGGAAUGGAGAAUAUUAGAUUUGGGCAACAGUCCUUUGUCAUAUGAGACUGCAAGGUCAGUGAUUUUAGAUCCAGAAAAUGCAGAUAAAAUAUUCCGAGAAGUGCCCUACAUCAUGCCUACAGGUGGAAAAGCUUACAUAUUUCAGAGUCCUCAUGCUUUAAGCAAGUUGCACCCGAAGUUUGAUCCCUAUAAAUUUAUGUUUAUGGGUAAAGGAUACAAUAAAGAAUUUGACGUCAUGAAACGGUACUAUCAUUUAAAGCACAGUAGAACUGAUCUUGAUAAACAACUGUAUAGCUUUCAAAGGCACAUUUAUAGUCUGACACUUGAUAACCAGCAUGGCAUGACAAAUUUCUAUCUUAUACAUUAUUUUGGAAAUGACUAUCUGUUAGAUGCCGCUCAGCAUAGACGGGGUGCUCCAACAGUUGCUGAACAUGGAAAUGGGAUUAUUUUAACUGAAAUUUCUUGCGAAGAUACAGCUAAUUCUCAAAUUGCAAUUUGUGAUGAUGAUGAACUGCCAGCAAUGGCAUCACAUUUCCUCGAUGAAACUGAGGAAUCUGAUAUAUUUCCUAAUCAUCAAAAUUAUGAAUCAAUUCAGCCAGUUAAGUCAACUAUGAGAAAACGAAAAUUUGUUGAUAUUCAGCCAUACAAACAUGAAUCUCUGUCGGAAAAAAAGUUGUCAGUUCAUCUUGAAAUUGGAGAGCAUCCAUCAUCAGUGGAGAUUGACAACAUAGAUUACCUGUUUGCAAUGAACAUGUCUGCUCAACUACAGCAACUUCCAAAAGAGAUGAAGGCUAGAGUGAAAUUUCAAAUUGCCACUGUGUUUUAUGAAGCUGAGAUAAAAGCCCUAAAUUGCUCCAGUACUGACCUCAUAUCAGAUGCCAAGCUGAAUAUGUUCAUCAAGUAGUGGCGGCAUUUUGAGUGAAAUUAUUGACCCGAUUGGACAGGAUCCAUAGGUAAAUCCCAAGAAAAGAAAAAAAUAAUGGUCUGGUGAAACGCGAUAUGAAGAAAAAUAGCAGCACCUGUUUCAACAUUUGGGAUACAUGGGGGUAACAAGAGGGAAACUGAUGGCUAUAUACCUCAGGAUGGAGAGUGCAGAUAAUCUCUUUUCUGCACAUGAUUCCUGAGCAGUAUUCAAAUUUUUGACCUGGGUAGGCUAUCCCUCCGUAGAGCUGAUUUUUCUUUACUAGGAGGCAGUUAUCAUUAUAAAAUUAUAUUAUGAUAAGAUUUUGGAUAAAGGUGAUAACACUGGGCAUUGACAUGACAAAUCAUGUCUAGCCCUAGUCUACCAGUUAUCAUUAUCAAAUUAUAUUAUGAUAAGAUUUUGGAUAAAGGUGAUAAGACUGAGCAUUGACAUGAUAAAUCAUGUCUAGCCCUAGUCUACCUUAUGCCUUUUGGAUGAGAUAAUUUUGGGUUAAAAAAACGUCUUGCCGGGCUAACUUUCAUCUAAUAUGCCAACCUUCUUCCAUGAUAGGUUAGAAAAGCUGAAGGCAACCUACUGUAAGCUAAUUUUAAUAAUCCAUUUUAUUCUAUGCUUUCAAAAAUUAAAAUUUUUUCCGAUGCAAAAGUUCGUUUUUUUGUUGGAUGUAAAUUUAAAUGAAAUCUGGCCCCUAUAAUCGCCCUGGCUCAAUGUUGUUAA